AUGGACCAUAAAGAGAAGAUUGAAACAGGUCAGCCACUUUGCUCGGACAUGAUAAAUGCUGUUCAACAAAUUCUAAAGCAGCAAUUUGCCAAUAUUAAUGGCUUACAACAGACGGAGCGAACUCCAGUAUGGGAUGACCAACUAAACACAUGGAAAUACGGAAUCAGUUUCCAAAGUGUUAUUUCUCCCGCCGUCCAGAUCCACCACAACGGGCCCGGGAAAUUCCACUGGAAUCUUGGCUGGGUAAAAAUGAUUUCAACACUCGUCAUAUUUUUAGCACUGCUGGUGGUGGAAUGUAGCUCACAAAUCAAUCCGUGUAGCGCUGCCAAAAGAAUCCCCCCAGAGUGGAACUGCAAGUGUUCGUUUUAUGGCAAAAAGCCUACGAAAGUAAAAAUAAUAUGUGUGAAUAGGGAUGACAAGAAAAAUUUAGGCUUUAUACCGGAAAUGCCUUACAACACAGGGCACGUGUACAUUGAAGGGUAUCGGUUUACAAAUGUAACUAAACAAACGUUCGAGAAACUGAAAAAUAUAGAAUUGAAGAGACUGACUUUAGUAGACAAUCGUAUCAGGAACAUCUCCAAAGAUGCGCUAUCGGAAAUGAAAUAUCUGCAAGAAUUGGAGAUCAGCAGAGAAAUUCAAGUCUCAACUAAAGAAAUUGGGGACAUGUUGCAUGGUGUGUCUGGGACGAUAAAACGUUUAAAGUUUUCUCAUAAUCCCUGGAAUGAGCCCCCUAAAUUCGAUAAACUUAAGAACAGUAGUCUUACUCAUCUAACCCUAUCUUAUAAUUAUUUUCGAAACUUGUUAGGUGAUUGGUUUAAAGAAUUAAAGAAUCUCCAAUAUUUAGACGUGUCCUUUAACGGAAUAUCAGAGAAUACUUAUAACUUUACAGGUUUAGAAAAUAUUACAAAUUUAUUGUUAAAGGGUAACUGGUUCAAAGAAUUUCCAAAUUUUUGUGAUUCAUCCGUCAAGAAAUUGAAAAAAAUUCAUUUUCAGUACAAUAAAUUAACUGAAUUUCGGGCGAAUUACUUUCAAUGUUUAUCGAAUUUAACAUACUUAAACUUAAAUGGACAUGCGAUAAGAAAGCUUUAUAAUAAUACCUUUUCAAAUCUAACGUCUUUAGCAGUACUUUAUAUUCAACAAUUAGCCGGACAGCUUUUUCAUAUUGAACCAAGAGCAUUCGAAAGUGCAUCUCUAAAAAAACUGAUGUUUACACAUAAUGGAUUUAGGUUUCGAAAUGAAACAACCGAUCCUGCUCCAGAGUACUUUAAAAAUUGUCCACAGAUCGAAACGCUUAACAUCUCCGGGAACACUCUCGAUCUACGAGAAGAUGAGUUCAUUUCUAUGUUAAAUCCUCUGAAAAACUUGAAAACCCUUGGGAUAAGAGGAAUGCGUCUGAAGUUUUUACCACGUGGACUUAUGGGCCAAUUACCUCAGUUGACCAAACUCGACGCAUCGAAUAACUUUUUAAAUGGAUCGUGGAAUGGUAAUUUGAUAUUUGGAAAUAAGUCAAACCUAAAAUUUCUGGAUCUGUCUUUCAACAACAUAGAUGAAAUAACACUUUCUAAUUUCCCCCAGACUCUACUUAAUGGAUUAAGUGACAGUGGUCUAACUGUCAGUUAUAAUAAAUUUUCGUGCAUUUGUGAUGACGUGAUUUGGUUCUAUAGAUGGAUGCAUUCAAACAAGAAGAAGUUGUCAAAGAUAGAUAAAAUUACGUGUAGGUCUAAUACACAUGAUGUGGGCACACAGAUAUUGUUUGACCUGACUGAAAGAGACCUGUGCCCUAUUAACCCAGCACUGGUGAUAGCUAUUAUUACAUUUUGUAGUUUAGUAGCAACAAUACUUCUUGUGUUGGCGUUGGUGUACAAACUUCGAUGGCACAUACGAUAUUGGCUGUACGUCUUCAAGAAUCACAAAAAAGGAUACGAAUUGAUUACAGACGAUCCCGAUUAUUGUUAUGAUAUUUAUCUUGUGUACGCCGACGAAGACAGUAGUUUUAUCUUUAGGAUCGCCGUACCUUUUCUUGAGCAAAAAGGGUAUAAACUCUGCGUUAGAUGUCGAGAUUUUGAGGUCGGAAAGUUGCACUGCGAUAACAUCGUGGACAAUAUUAACCAAAGUAGGCAAAUUCUCUUCGUCCUCUCUAAUCAUUUUGCUAAAAGCAAAUGGUGUGAAUUUCAAAUGCAUUUUGCUUACAAUAGAUGCUUGGAAGAAAAAAGAAACAACAUAAUAGUGGCUGUUUUGAGCGAAGUCAGUUACAAAUACCUUUCAAACACUCUCAAAGUUCUGUUGACGUCAUAUGACUACGCUCUUUGGUCAAAGUCCGACGAAACAGGACAAGCCUUAUUUUGGGGGAAAGUAUUGCGGAAGUUACAGUUUCGACUUGAUCGCACCGAAAGCGCCGAGAUUAUGAUUGGCGACAUUCAAUGAUAAAACGCCAAUUACGCUAUAAAACAAUUUGAUAAGGAAGUACAAUGUA